AAUAAUUAAAUAAUAUCAUUAAAAAAUAAAAGUAUUUACAAUUUUGCAAGCGCAUAUUGCACAAUACAAUUUUAAUGAAAUUGCUCGUACAGCCACUUAUCACGCAUAUACUCACUUUUCUCGCUGCUUGUCUAGUGAUAAUAUUUUUCAAAAACUUUUACCAAUCGAGAAUCCCUGGGUCCUACUCUUAUCGAUCGGUUUGUUUAUUUUUAUUUUAUUUUUUAUAUUUCCGACUCCGAAUUUUGCCGACUCUGGCAGGGCGCAGGCGUACUGCUUUACAAACUGAUGGUGAUAGCUACUCUCGGUGUCACGGUCAACUGCUUGGAAAAAAUUUCCCGGUAUAAUACAAAGCGCUUCUUAUGUCUGCAGAUCUUGAAGGGAUUGUAAACAACUAAUAAUUCAAUAGCAAACAAUUCAAAUAACCAGAAAUGGAGGAUUGUUCACACUUCACUGUACAUCACUUAUCGUCUAUCGAAAAAUGUGCUGAAUUUUUACAACAUCACACCGGUACCUUGACUUGCUAUGUAUGCAAAUCAAAAAAGCCCGAAGUAUGGUUUUGCAUAAGUCCAGACUGUUUGCAGGCGUUCUGUUAUGACGGUGGAUGCGAUCACAGCUAUCUUCAUUUCAAAGAAAACAAAACCCACUGUUUACAUCUCAGUCUUCCUUCUAUGCGUUUGUGCUGUUAUUUAUGUGUCAAGGAGUGUAACAUAGAAAAUAAUACGAGAUCGUUGAACGGAGUACGCCGUGGUUCCAAUUGUUCGAUAGAAUUUUGCCGUAAUACUGCAGCAGCAAAUAACAGUGGUGAAUCUGCUGAUGAAGAUAGUGAUGAUGAAUACAGACUGACCAAAGAUCAUAAACCCACGGGUCUUACUGGUCUUCAAAACAUUGGCAACACAUGUUAUAUGAAUGCUGCACUCCAAGCGUUAUCCAAUACACCACCUUUAACAGAUUACUUUUUAACUUGUUUUCCUGAAUACCCAUACAACGAAACAGACAAACCUUUAAGUUUAUCCAAAGCUUAUCACCGUCUCAUUCAAGAAAUAUGGCAUACCAAACGUCCUGGCUAUGUCACUCCUACGUCAAUUUUAUACACAAUGCGAAAUGCAUUCCCAAUGUUCCGAGGAUUUCAUCAACAUGACACACAAGAGUUCUUAAGAUGCUUUAUGGAUCAGUUACACGAAGAACUGAAAGAGCCUGAACUUGAAGUUGUCCCUUCUAGGAGGCAUUCAUAUAAAGGCACUUCAAGGAAACAGAGUGUAGAACAAAAUCAUUUGGCUAUCCCGGAAGAAGAUAAAGAUGAAUGCUCUGACAAUGAUGAUGAACUCAAGUCUUUGACAAAUGCUGAUAGUAGUUCUGAGGGUAUAGAUGAAUAUGAAACUUGUGAUUCUGGCGUAAGUGAACGAAGUUCAUUGUCAGAAGAGACAUCUGAGCGAAUAAACUUAACCAAAAAACUAGAACGUCAUCUUUUCGCUAAAAUGAACCAUGGAAAUAAGAUUUCAUUCUGCCAAAAGAAUAAAAAAUAUCAUGUCAAAUACAACAGUAUAAUUUCUGAAAUAUUUGAUGGAAAGCUUUUAAGUUCUGUUCAAUGUUUAACUUGCAACCGGGUAUCUUCAAGGGUUGAAGCCUUCCAAGAUUUAUCACUUCCCAUACCUACUCGUGAUCAUGUUACUGUCUUACAUCAAAGUUCAACCAAUUUAUGUUCAGUACAUAAACUGUCCGACAUUUACACAAAUCAACAAAAUUGGAUAUUUUGGUUUUGGGACAUGAUGUACAGAUGGUUUUGGGGCCCAACAGUUGGUUUACAUGACUGUCUAGCAGCAUUCUUCAGUGCUGAUGAACUUAAAGGUGAUAACAUGUAUAGCUGUGAAAAAUGCAAAAAGCUGCGUAACGGUAUAAAGUUUUCUAAACUUCUCGAAUUGCCUGAAGUUUUGUGCAUACACCUAAAGAGAUUCAGACACGAAUUAAUGUUUUCAUCUAAAAUAACUUCAUAUGUAACAUUCCCUAUUGAUGGUGUAGACUUACGGCCAUAUGUUCAUAAAGAUUGUACAUCUCAAGUGACAACUUACAAACUAGUAUCAGUUAUUUGCCAUCAUGGUACAAUUGGUAGUGGUGGUCAUUACACAUGCUAUUCGUUAAACCCAAUAAAUGAACAAUGGUAUGAAUUUGACGAUCAGUGUGUCACUUUAGUAUCAGCUGAAAUUGUUCGAAAUUCCGAAGCUUAUGUUCUUUUUUACAAAAAAAAUAGUCCAGUAACCAAUAGAAUUAGGACACAAAUGCGGCAAGUUCAAGUGAACAAGAAUCAGCCUAAUUGUUUCCCGGAAGCAUGCUUUAUUUCAACUAAAUGGUUAUCCAAGUUUAAUACAUUUGCUGAACCAGGCCCUAUAGAUAAUUAUGACUUCAUGUGCCACCACAAUAGAGUGAAGCCAACUCAUGAACCUCAAAUCAAUCAUUUUGCUACCAUGGUUUCUGGGCAAAUUUGGGAUUACUUACACGGCAAAUUUGAUGGUGGACCAAAAUGCACCAACAAUCAGCUUCAAAGAUGUGAAGUCUGUUAUGCCGAUUAUAUUGAGAUGAUGCUUAGAAAUAGAGCUGAAACAGAAACAAAAAACUUUGCUCGACUUAGAGAGGAAGCAAGUCUGCAUGCAAUAUAUAAGGAUGGAAUACCUGAUUUUGCUAUAUCAAUGAGUUGGUUUAAAUGCUGGGAAUCUUUCUUGAAUGGUGUUGUCAGUGAACCACCAGGACCAAUAGACAAUUCAAAGUUGAUUGAUAAAUCGGAUGGCAAAACUUUAGAAACUGACUAUGUAUCUGUAUUUGAAACCCAAUGGACUUAUUUGUGGAGGAUAUACAGUGGUGGUCCUGUUGUUGAAGUUAGUGAGCUCCAAGCACAGGGUGGGAACACCGAUGUCUUUUUAAAUCAAACAAACACUCAUCUUGACGAAUUGUGUGAAGUUGAUGAACUUGUUCAAGAAGAGCCCGAUAAAAUAACUUUCGAGACUGAAAAAUUAGAAAUAGUCGGUAAAGAUUCAGGGGACCAACCGACAACUCUUAUUAAAAAUGAACAACAACAACAACAACAACAACAAGAACAGUGUUCAGCAGUGAAGAAAAUAAAUUAAAACAUAAUUACGUUGUUUUUUUAUUAAUAAUUUCACAUACAAUAAUAACUUAUUUAAUACAUAAAUAAAAAUGUGCGUUUUGUAUAGUUUUGGGUAAUUGUAUAGUUAUAUUAAUAGGCUGGUAUAGUUGUAAGGUACCUACUCUAAAAAAUGUACGUCGUUAGUUUAUUUAUUAUUAUUUAUUUGCAUUUAGACAAAAACUUGUUACCUAAGAUGAUGUUAUUAUUUUGUUUUUCUACCAUUUUUCUCUUCUUAUGGUGAUUUUAUUUUGUUUGUUAUUAUUAUUUAUAAAAUCUGGUGGCAUUUUAUCCAUUCUGUUGUGGUUUAUGAGUUUUGUAUUCAAAAACUGUGUGUGUGUUUGUGUGUUAUGUAUUUUUUUUUCAUAAAAAAAGAACACUUUGUUACUUCGAAUUUUUUAUUUUUAUUUCAUUUAAAACCCUUAGCAAUUUUAAGACAUUCAUAAUAAUAUUAAAAUGUUAAAACUUAAAACAUUGUGGUGUUGGUUAAAAAUGACGAUGUUCGAGAGAAGUUAUACCGAUUAAAUAUACGAUUAUUAAAAAGAUGAACAGAAGAGGACAUAAUAUUAUGUAAUAUUAAAUAUUGUAGACGUAUCCGAAUGAAAAUAGUUAUGUUUUUAGUCUACAUUUGUGCGUUAUCUUACAAUUAGGAUCAGUCUUAGGAGAUAAAAAAAUAGAAGUAAGUUUGGAUGUGUGUGGCAUUUACACCACGAUGAGUAGUAGUAGUUGGUGGUAGUAGUAGUAGUAGUAGUAG